AUGGAUGGAAGGAUUCUUUUUCCCGCAGUAACGGGCUUUAAUGUUUCGGGUCCCAUGCUAACUAUCAACUUUGGAGUUGGAAUAGAUCAGCAUAUUACCAUAUUUAAGAAAGAAUAUUUUUUCAGCCAUAAGAAGUUCCGUGCUUUGUUAAAAAAAUUUCGCAGAAAAUUUAAGAGACAGGCUUUAGCUAAAUUACGAGAACAAAAAGCACAAAAUGAAAGUUCUGAAGAUGAAAUUGAAGAAAGCAUUAAAUUGGAAGAAGAAGAAAAAGAAAGAGAAAGGCAACAUAUGCUAUGGUUAGAACGUGAAAAAGAAGCACAAGAAUUGUUUGAAAAACAAAAGGAUUUAAGAGAGUUGCAAAAGAAAAGAGAAGAGGAAAUUAAAAAAAUUAAAGAUGAUUUAGUGUUGAGCCAAAAAGAAAAAGAAAUAAAAAUAGAUGAAAAGAAAGAACAGAAAUUGAAACUUUUGGAAUCUCUUAAUCAGGAAACUAGUAAUACUCCUUGGCAUAAUCCGAUUGCUCCAGAAGAUUAUAAUGUCCAAACAAAAGAAAGCUGUUCAUUCUUUUUGAAAACAGGAUGCUGCCGAUUUGGUGAAAGGUAAAUAAAAAGUUACAUGAUAAAUAUUUUAAAAUAAAUUGACAUUUUAUUUUUUGUAUAUCUAAUAGAUAUUUUAAAAAAGCUUCUUUUGUACCAAAUAUACAUAGGUGAUCAUAAUUAAAGUAUCCAUAUUCAGCACUGUCCAGAGAGAUAUUUAGCAGUCCAAAUGCAAUAAAAUAGAUGAUAAAGCCAAACAAUCAUCGGAUUACAUUAGCAUAUUUUUCUGUGAUUAUAUUUAAUUAAUUACUAAAUAAUUUGUCACUAGAGGGAGGCAUUAGGCACCAUCUCUUAUUAAAUU